AUGCCACGAGAACCUGUGCCCGCUAUUUCAAAUGCGGCUCAUGCGGUAUGGCUUGUCAUGAAGAUUCCUGCUCACGACAAGUACAGUUUAUUCAUUUCCGCGGCCCUUACAAAUUCACUGACAUUUUAUGCCCAGCUCGUCUAUGGAAAAAUCAUGCGUAUUCGUUCGCCUAAUAGGGGCAUAGUUGUGACAUAUUAG